UAUCAUACUUUGCUAUAUGGUACAUCUACCGAGUAUGGAAAGUAGAUCGAUUCAAAUGUCUACAUCCUUACCGUUUACGACAAGGAGAACUCAAAGGCUUUGUGAGCUUGCUUAUCCUGAUAAUGAUACCAGCCCAGCUUACAUAUGAUAUCACCUCUUGCAAAUUCAAAUACGAGGAAGGUUUUGUCAGUAUUUUUGGCCACAUCUUCACCAAACCCGAGUUCAUGUGGAAAGAAGAAACUCGCCGUCUUAUCAUACCAACAGAUUACAGCUUAUGUAUUGGGUUAUCUUUGCAAACCGGUACUUUGCUUUUACUGCAAUGUUUUUGGAAUUAUCUUGCCAAUGCAGUAGCACAAGCCAACUUUAUGAGUAGUAAAGAAUUCCGAUUUUAUAUUGGCUGGACCAUUGCAGGCAUCUUCAUUUUCCCAUGUCUCCGAUAUAAUUUUGCUCGAGAUGUUUAUGAACACACUUACAAAGAAGUGAUGCCUCAACUGGUCUACGGAUGUGGCCUACUCAUUGUCGCUUGCCUUGGAAUCCGGUCGCAUUUUCGAUUCAAUAAACUUAUCAUGACCUCCAAAGCAGCCACUAAUCAGAGGUCCAUUGCUCACAAGAUUAGAAACUUCCAGGACCUUAAUAUGAUUCUGACAGCCGCGUUGUUUGUCGCUUCCAUUUCCAUGAUUAUCCUUUGUGCCGACGGUCUCACUCCUAAAAAGACACUCAACGUUCACAAGUUCUCGGCGGAUUUCCUUAUCUGCAAUGUCAAUGUGACUUCCAUGGUAGUAUGGAUUGUGGUCGUUCUCAUUAUUCAUCCCGUUAAUAACAAUAAUCAAAACACCUCACCGCAAGCGGUUGCGCCUCUGAAUUCCAAUCGUCGCUUCAAUAACAAGAAGAAACCCAACGAGUUUGAUGACAUCGAUCCUGAGAGCACAAUCGGGUUUGAAGAGGACAAGUCAUUGCAUGCGGCGCAUACCAAGCAUUAUACUUCGAUUUCCAUGUCAGGAUAUACACCAUCCGUAUCAAUGGCGCCGUCUGCGACGACGACAUUGGUGGGCGGUCACGCAAAUACAAGUCAUGGACGCAAGGAAUCACCGGGUUGUGAAACCAGCAGUGUCAGCUAAUCUGUUAUUUCAAGUGUGCUUUUCCUCAUGCUUAUAAUCCCUUUUGUGUUUGUUAUCUUUUUUUUAU